AUGCGCUUUCUUACUGUCGCUGUCGUAGCGUCCCAGCUAUCCCUCUCCGCACUAGGAAGGCCAGCCUCCAGGAUCCAGAAACGGCAAGGCCAAAUUGUGGGUUCGCCUAAUGGCCCGGAGAUCGAUAACAGCAACAUCCCCUACGCGGCAGUGGGCCCGGUUGGCUCCUCUGGCGACGUCUAUGGUGAUGAAAGCCUGCUCGGCAACGCAGGUGACUCGGCUUCUGCGACCGUAUUAGGGCCCGGCGUGCCGUAUGCCACUGGAGCGGCGAGCAACUACGUCGGUGAUUAUACGCUAGCACCAGGACAGACGGCCGACGCCGAUGAAGGCCCGUAUCUUGACUUCUCAAGCAAUCCCAAUCCCCAACCAAUACGAGGACAAAAUGGCGCAACCGAUCCCGGACCGCGGAACGAAGCAAUCCAGCAGCAAAACCCAGAUGCGCUGGCCAGACCUGGUACUGAUUCCGGCGAUGUUCCGAAUGCGAAGUGGCCUAUGGGUCUCUCAUCUACGAGAUCCGGUACUGGAGGCGGUAACCCAGGGUGGGCACGGCAGCAGAACGUCAACGAGCUUCCUAUUGCCACCGCUAUGGCCGGUGUAGACAUGCGGCUUGCUCCAAAUGCCUAUCGUGAGCUCCAUUGGCAUUCUGCUAACGAGUGGUCGUACAUUUUCACCGGGUCCGUGCGCAUCUCUGCAGUGAACCAGAACGGCGAAACGUUCGUUGACGACCUACAAGCUGGUGAUCUUUGGUUCUUCCCAGCAGGUGUACCGCACAGCAUCCAGGCAACGGAAGAAGGUGUCGAGUUCCUCUUGGUCUUCAACCAGGGCGAGUUCUCCGAAGACGACACGAAUUUGGUUACUGAGCUCUUUCUCCGCAAUCCUACGGAAGUCCUUGCGAAAAACUUCCAGACCGACGUUUCAACCUUCGCAAACCUGCCUUCCGACCAGAAGUACAUCUUUAACGGCUCGCCUAUGGAGGGCACGCUGGAGGAAGCCCGUGCUAGCGUAAACGGUCCCGCUGGCGAGCUCCCAAGCAAUCAAUCGUACAGCUACCACUGGUCCGCCCAAGCGCCCUACACUGUCCCCGGCGGCUCGGUUAAGAUUGUCGACCCAACUACUUUCCCAAUUGCAAACAACUUCAGUGUAGCCCUGUUCACCAUCGACCCUGGAGCGAUGCGCGAGAUCCACUGGCAUUUGACGUCCGACGAAUGGAACUUCUUUCUUGCCGGCCAAGGCCGCGUUACGGUUUUCACGGGCCCUACCAAUUCUCGCACGUUCGAUUACCAGGAAGGCGAUGUCGGCUACAUUCCGGUGUCGUCCUCACACUACGUCGAGAACACUGGCUCAGAGCCGCUAGUGUACAUGGAAGUUUUGCAAGCGCCGCGCUACAUUGACAUCAGUGCCGCACAAUGGCUUGGAUUAACGCCUUCGCAAGUCGUGAGGGAAACCUUGAACCUCCCACAGAGCUUCAUCGAUACCUUACCCAAAACGAAGCGAUAUAUUGUGCCCGGAGAUACCAACCUGACCGCUACCAAUUUUACCGCGGCCGCUUACCCGAACGCCAAUUUGAACGCGACUGGCGCAACCUAAGCUGUGGGUAUUAUCAUGAGUACAUGUAUUAUAGAUACCA